AUGACAGGAUAUAGUAAGUGGAAUACUGCUUCCAUGAAAUCUCUGGAAGAUCCUGGAACUGGCUGGUUCCGGACGGGAUUGUUUGCCCUGAGCGAUAAUGACGAUUUAGAUGCUGAUGAGGAAGUCAUGAGGCCAAUGAUUCAUUUCGUAGAACGUGAAUUUUUGCUCUAUUUUAUUGCGCAUUUAACUCUAGGUCCUAAAGAUAUUCAAAACGAUUCGUUUAUAACACCGUCAUUAGCUAAAAAACCGAUUGAUUUUGUACAUCUUCUACAACAUGGGGCAUCAGUUCGUGACGAUAAAGCUGAAGCUUUGGUUCGAAACUGGUAUCGGGUGCAAUCCAGUGAGACGGUCACUGUACCUUAUACAGAUCGCACAAAAACAUCAGUAAAACCGUACAAUUGUUAG